AUGACCUUACGGGCCGUCCCCAGCAUCCUGGGCAAGAGGGGAUUUCAAGAACUCUGCGGCAACCCCAGAAGACUCGCUGUCCUCGCCGCAGCUCAGCGGUUCCCUCUCAAUAUCUGCAUCAGGCGAUAUGCCACUGUCGAGGAAAACCGAGGGCAUGACAGUGCUCCACCUCCAGGAUUCGACGCCUCCAAGGCGAAGCAGCGCCCCAGUUCGUCUCCAUCAAGCCAGCAGUCCUCCUCCAGCAUCUCCGGUCCUUCCGAGCAGAAUCCCUCGAGCCAUGGCUCCUCCAAACCUCCGUCCUCUACGUCGACCCCGACCGAUUGGGAAGAAAAUCCUGACCUCAGUAUCUCAAAGUUCUCCGAGCUACCCGGCAAGGAUUUCGGGGUUAAUCAACACAUCAUCAUCAAUGAAGAGUUUAAGGAGGCAUUGAGACAAAUCCUGUGGAAAUUUCGGGCGCCUAUCCGCUAUGCCUUUGCAUAUGGCUCGGGCGUCUUCCCGCAGAGCGCGAGCAAAGGCGGAGGGUCCAAAACCCUGCACCCAAACCCCCCGGAGGCUAUCGCCAAAAUUCAGGACGGAAACCAGAAAAUGAUUGAUUUUAUAUUUGGGGUCUCCUAUAGUCAGCAUUGGCACUCUUUGAAUCUCCAAGAACACCGAGACCACUACUCUUGGCUGGGUUCUCUGGGAUCUUACGCUGUCUCCAAAGUGCAAGAUUCAUUUGGGGCAGGUGUAUACUUCAACCCCUACGUUACCGUCAAUGGAACUCUGAUCAAAUAUGGAGUGGUCAACUUGGAUACUCUAUGCAGAGAUCUGUCCGAAUGGGACACGCUAUAUCUUGCUGGCCGCCUCCAGAAGCCUGUGAAAAUCUUACGGGACAAUCCGGCGGUGCGCCUUGCAAACCAGGUCAACCUGAUCGCUGCAGUCCGCACAGCAUUGCUUCUCCUCCCGCCUGAAUUCACCGAGAAAGAACUGUACUCGACCAUUGCGGGGAUCUCAUACAUGGGCGAUCCACGGAUGAGCAUUGGUGGAGACGACCCUCGAAAGGUCGAGAACAUUGUCAAACACCAGUUACCCAAUUUCCGCCGUCUGUACGCACCACUGAUUGACAACCUUCCCAACAUCUCCUUCAAUGAUCCGGCCUGCUCAAAUCGAGACUGGUUGGACGACCCAACUGUCAAUUCUAAACUUUCUCAAAACAUGGACCCCGUUACUCGGGGCCACAUGGUUCGCCGCCUUCCCAACGCCUUCCGGCAGAAACUUUACUUUGAGUAUCAGUCCAAGUUCAAAAUCCCACGAGGCGAGUUCAACAAGAUGCUGGAGAAGACCAAGGACGAGGAUCCAGAUCGCAUUCGUAGGCGAGAAGGUGGACCUUUUGAGCAAAGAAUCGCCCAAGAUUCCGAAGGCGGUGGACUGAGGGAAGAAGUGAAACAGGUGAUCGAGCAUACGAUCCGGUGGCCAAGCUUUGUGCAAAGUCUGAAAGGAGCAGUAACGGCAGGGUGGUCGAGGAGUAUCCGAUACGCGAGAGAAAAGAGAGAGAAGGGAAAGAAGGGUGCACAGGCGCUGGGAGGAGAAGGAAAGGAAAGGAAAACUGACUAG